AUGAUCGGCAACUGCCGACACAAUCACGUUGCCUGCACGCGUCGCAACACGUCGCCCCCAUCCUUGUUGCAAACCCCCCACUCGUUCACAUCCGAUCCUAUCCUGGGCUUCUCAAAAGGAGUCACGAACUAUCCUGGUGGCUCGGUCAACCACACUCUGCGCGAAGUGCAGCGACGCCUUCAGCAGCAAAGUCGCCUCCUCAAAUUGAUCCGAAUCUCACUCUUGCCUCACAUUUAUUUGCCCGCGAUCGAGAUCUCCGCUCUCACCACCAACCUCUUCGAAGUGCAGAACGACCUUGAGGCCUGCGUCCGUGCCAUAGAUCGGCUAGAGGCGACGCUCGCCGAUCUGCGCCAGCAUAGAAGUUUGCUUGAGACGACUGAGACGCAUGUAAAAUCCAUAUGUGCACCUAUACGCAAGCUGCCGCCAGACAUCCUGGGCGAAAUCGCUGCAUACGCGCUUCCGCCACGUUGGUUCGACGACCCGAGCGGCAAGCAUGUCUGGACGGUCAUGCAGGUGUUCCAUGAUUGGAGAGCCGCUGCUCUAGCUCUCACAUGGCCUUGGACGGUUAUCCACCUGCCGCGCCUGCGUAUGGAUCCCUGGAACACUGGCAUCUCUGCCCGUGACGUUCCGACGGACAUAUUGUCGACGUAUCUGCAACGCUCUAAGCAGGCUCCCGUAGUUAUAAAGAAGCUCGAUACCGGGAACAUACAUGAAGAAGAUGGCCGUAAUAUUCUUCUGCGUCAUGCGUACCACGUUCGUGCAUUGGAAGCCCUGCAAGAUCACGGCCGGGAGGACCUUGUACCUUGCCAUCUUCCCUUGUUGCAAGAACUCAUCUUCCGCGGACCCAGUACCGGUCGGGAAUUGGAUGCUCCUCACUUGCGUGUACUUGAUACAGUCGGCGCGGCUCCCUUCUUGCACAUUUCCUGGGGGCAUAUGCGCGCGGUCAAAAUACAGGUCCCGGAGAUCGACGAUGCUAGCAUCCUUGCUUUGUCGCAGUGCACGAACGUCGAGAUCCUCAGCUUCUCGACUGGGGUCAGAUCGUAUCAACCCAGGCUACAGAUACCCCAUUCCUUCUCCUUUCCGACACUACAUACUCUGGAGAUCGGCGGCGCCGCUAUCAAACUAUGCCCUCUGAUCGUCGCGCCCUCCCUGCGACACUUCACCCUGAAUCUGGCGUACGACGAUGAACUCUGGGAACCCGGAAUGUCCCUCUACGACGUUAGUCUGCUCAAUGACCUUAUCCGGGGCUGCGACACGAUCGCAUUGCGCAACAUGCACACCCACUCGGCAGUUCACAUCCGAGAUGUGUUUUUAAUCCCACAGAAGCUGCGCAAGGUGUCGUUCAUCCAGGAGAGCGGUGGUGGCUCCUUGAGCAUGCCGUACUGCAUGAACUCGAAGUUCGUACAGGCUCUUGCGUGCUCCCACUCCGAUUCGACGCUCGUCGAUCUUGAGGAAGUAGAGAUUAUUAACGGGGCGUACCUGGCUCGAUGGACGGACCAAGACAUCGACCUCGUGUGCGACCUGUUCCGUACUCGCGCAAUAUCGUCCUCGACAAGUGGCUGUCCUGGCCUGAAGCGAGUGCAUAUACGGGUGCUGUACGAUGUAGCGGUGGAGCAGCUGCUGAAGAAGAUCGGUCCUGAAGCUGAAAGCAUCCUCGAUGUCGAGCAGGGCGACCCUGUUGCACCGUUCCAAGUUGCCGAAUUACUUCGUACUUGA